AGGUUGAAAACGAUAAGCACAGGAGAUUUGAGCAUGCAAUCAACUUUCCUACUUCUCACGAUCCUCGUCAGUGCUUCAGCUGAGUAUACCGCUGUCGAGGUCGAAAUGCUGUUCCAAGCCUACAAGGAGAAGUACCGUCACGAUUUCGGAGUUGAGGAUUCGUAUCGUAAAGCCGUGUUUGAAUCUAAUCUGCGUUUUGCAGAAAUGAUGAACAAGAAAGGCCUCUCAUACGAGCUUGGGAUAACUCCCUUCUCACAUCUCACUAAUUCCGAGUUCAAAGCGACUAUGACGGGAAAGCUCCUCGGCACUGCGCAGUCAGCUUCGAGGAACUACACCGCCACCAGCAGGACUACCUAUCAGUACGAUGGAGCUUUCGAAGAUCUACCACGCUCAGUCGACUAUGUCAAGCAAGGCCGAGUAACCAAGGUGAAGAAUCAGGGGGAGUGCGGAAGCUGUUGGGCUUUCUCGACCGUUGGGGCACUGGAAGGUCUGUACAAAGAAGUAACUGGCAAGCUUGUAGAUCUAUCAGAGCAACAAUUGAUGGAUUGCAGUAAGGAGUAUGGAAAUGAGGGAUGCGGGGGUGGUAACAUGGAUAGGGCUUAUGAAUACGUGGAAGAUCACGGUAUCAAGUUGAAUGCGACUUAUCCAUACAAAGCACACGACCAGCUAUGUGCAAAUGUUGGGACUCAGGAAGCAUUCCUGCCUUUUAAUGUAAGAUUUGGACGUGUCAAGGGGUCUUAUUCUUCUGUCUUGGGGGCUAUAGCUCACAUGGGACCGUUAAGUGUCGCUGUCGAAGCAGAUUCAAAGACAUUCCAGUUGUAUAAAAAAGGUGUUAUAAAGGGAAAUUGCGGGGUCGUCUUGAACCAUGGAGUUGUCGCAGUAGGGUAUGAUCUUGAUGCGCAUGAUCCUUAUUACCUCGUCAAAAACUCCUGGGGCACUGACUGGGGUGAACACGGAUAUGUCAAGAUAGGAAUCGAUCAUUCACAAUUCGGAAUUUGUGGAAUCUUGAAAGAUGUGACGUUUCCGGUGAGUGCGAGUUACCAGUGAAGCCAAGGUGUCUACAGCGUUUAGGUUUAUUUAGUUGGUUUUUGAAUGCGAGUAAACCAUAUUUUUCGAACUCAAGUCACAAAAGUGAUGUAACAUCACUGAUGUUUCGAUAUGAUGACUAACAUCGCUUCAUUUGCUACUUACAUCAUGUCCUCAC